AUGCAAGGGGAAGAUAUAGAUCGAGCAGCCUUUCUAAGACUGAAAACCAAGGCUAUUUUCAACAGAUUGGAGCGCUUAAUCAAAGAGUUGGACUCAGACAAGCUGCACAGUAUGGACGAGUACAGUAUUUCGGCAACGCAAGAGUCUCUGGUCGAAUUGAAAUCCAACUUUUCUGUCGCGCAUACAAGCUUAGAGGAAUUAGAUUUUGAAUCCAUAGCCAGCGAUUUGCCAAGCCACUUCGAUGCUGCUCUAAUCAACCUUAGGGCUAGCUUGCAACGCGAGAUAGGUAAACGUAGUACCUCUCAACAUUGCUCCACGUUCAGGAUGAACUCCAGUGAAGCCCAAUCAAUCGUCGUGAACGCCAAUAGUUCACGUCUACCAUUAUUAACGCUGCCUAAAUUUUGUGGGGCCUACACUGAGUGGACAAAUUUCUAUUCGAUGUUUACGUCAAUUAUCGACAAGGACAGCGACCUCACAAACAUCGACAAACUACAACAUUUGUGUUCCUGUUUGAGUGGCGCUGCCCUCGACACCGUGCGCUCACUGGAAAUAAGCAAUGAUAAUUAUAAAACUGCUUUAGAACUUUUGCAGAAGCGUUUCGAUAACAAACGUCUUAUAUUUCAGGCACACGUCAGGGAGAUAUUUGGGCUGAGCAAGGUGGAUUCAAACGUAGGCAUGCUCCGAAAGCUGACAGACAAGGUCACUUCACACAUUCGUGCAUUACAGUCGCUCGCAUCUAACGAGAAAAUUGCAGACUGCAUCAUCGUACAAAUGAUUCUCCAGAAACUUGACAAAACGACGCAGGCUAAAUGGGAGGAAACCUCUUCGAUCAGCGAGCUGCCAUCCCGGGAUCAAUUGACUGCAUUCUUGGAAAGGCGCUGCCGAAUGCUUGAGAAUGUUGAGCAUGCUGUUCAAGCACAGACUGGUCAGGCGUUAAGGCAUAGCAAAAACGACAAUCACCCGAGCAUGCAAUUUAUAGUUAAGAAGCUAGCACUUUGUCUUAACUGCCUCAAGGCUGGCCAUCAAAUGCGGGACUGCAAAUCCGGAUCGUGCCGCACCUGCCAGUCGAAACACCACACGCUCCUGCAUUUUAACCGGUCAACUGCUUCGUUAACCGAUAGUCAAGCCGAUGCUUCAUCGGUGGCCACAAUUCGAUCCACUACUGCCGUCAUUCUUGUAAAAAAUCGUGCUGAAAUCUUCGUGUCCUGUCGCGCUCUUUUGGAUUCUGGUUCCCAGUUGCACUUCGUCACAACUCGCUUCGCAAAUCAACUUCAGCUAUUCAAAACAAAAGCUUCUGCUACAGUCUCUGGAAUUGGAGAUGCCAACUUCCCAACGGAAGGUUACUCACUCGAUCUCGUACUUAUGUCUCGGAUUUCAGAUUUUUCAACAAGCAUAACUGCCCUUGUUGUGAAAACCAUCACCGACAAUCAACCUGGCUGCUCCGUGAGCACCAACGAGUGGAAUGUUCCGUCGAACAUACCACUAGCCGAUCCUGGGUUCAACUUACCACAACGUAUUGAUCUGCUCAUCGGAGCAGGACUGUUCUUCGAUCUACUUUGUGUGGGUCAGAUACGCUUAGGAUCUGGUUUACCAAUACUUCAGAAAACUCGUCUCGGAUGGGUGCUAUCUGGAGGUGGGCAACAAACUCCAAACCUGUCAUCAUUCGUCGUGAGGCAGAAAUCCUCCAGUGGUCUCAUUCCCAGCACUCGGCUGGACUAUUUAGUACGUCGGUUUUGGGAGAUCGAGCACAUUUUCGAACCGAUCUCUAAGGCCUCCCAAGAAGAUCUUGACUGCGAAGCCCACUUCCAGGGAAAUUAUUUUCGAUUGCCAUCAGGUGAAUACUCUGUUCGUCUGCCCAUAAAACGCAGCAUGGAUCUCCUAGAAGACUCCUAUUUACAAGCUCGUCAACGCUUUCAAGGUCUGGAACGAAAAUUCGCCCGUAACCCUGAUCUAAAGGCAGAAUACAGUAGGUUUAUUAAGGAAUAUCUGGACCUCAACCACAUUUCGCUGGUUUCCAACGAGGUUGUACAACAAUGCAAGUACUUCCUGCCACAUCAUUGCGUUAUCAAGGAUGACAGUAGUACAACAAAAUUGAGGGUGGUUUUUGAUGGAUCUGCAACCACUACCUCAGACUUUCGCAUCUAUAAGCUCGACACGGUGACGUAUGGAACUAAGCCUGCAGCGUUUCUAGCCAUCCGAGCCAUGCACCAACUCGCAGUAGACGAAUCCGCGACUUAUCCCAUUGGAGCAGAAGCGGUACUUCGCGACUUCUAUGUAGAUGACCUGAUAACUGGGGGCGAUUCAAUGGCAGAAGUACGCAACAUUAAACUGCAAACAACUAGCCUUCUUACCCGAGGAAACUUCAAGUUACGCAAAUGGUGCUCUAAUAGUCCUGAGAUCCUUCGUGAUAUUCCUGACUUAGACAAGGAAAAGUUUCUUAAGUUUGACGAUGGCAGUGACAUCACCAAAGCACUGGGGCUUCUCUGGGACCCGCACAAGGACAAAUUGCUAUUUUCAUUUGUACCACAAAGAGAAUUCGGAAAAAACUUCAAACGCUCUGCUUUGUCUACACUAGCUCGAUGUUAUGAUCUCCUUGGACUAAUGGGGCCCACACUGACCAAGGCGAAGAUUCUUCUGCAACGAAUGUGGAGAGAUAAGCUCGAGUGGGAUGAGAGUCUGCCACAAUCUCUGAAGCUAUUAGAGAAAUCCAUGCAUUUUGCGAGGCAAGCCUUGAAGCUUAUGGGACUUGUGUACACGCGAUCAACCAAGGACAACAACAUACAAGUUCACCUAUUAUGUUCAAAGGCCCGUGCCUCUCCACUAAAGACCGUCACCAUACCCAAGCUGGAACUCUGUGCAGCAACAUUGCUCGCACAGCUAAUGGAUUCCUCCACCGUCCUUUCGUGGCUGCGAGAAGAACCGUCAAGGUUUAACGUUUUUGUCGCCAAUCGGGUUUCCACCAUACAUCAACUGACAGAGGGUAUGCAAUGGCACUAUGUUCCUACAGCAAUGCACCCGGCUGACAUUUUAUCGAAGGGAGCUACACCCCGGGAACUUCUAGGAUCGAAACUUUGGAUGCACGGCCCACCCUUUUUGCUAGAAGCGGAGGACAACUGGCCACGCAUGUGCUCACCACAACCAAAACUUCCCGAAAUUCGACAAAGGGUUUUGCUUUCUGCAAACAACCAUAUAGACAUUUCCCUUUCUUUCAAAUACAUUAACUCAUUCGGAACAAUGCAGCGAAUUUUUGGGUAUGCCAGCAAAUUUAUUAACAUCAAAAAAUCGCCAAGGUCAUCGCAACUUAAGGCUGAAGACAUUCAUCAGGGAACUCAACUUCUUAUUCGCAUAGUACAAAGAGCGCAAUUGUGGCCGGAGUACACUGUAUUGCAAGCCAAUAAAUGCGUCCCUAAUUCGAGCAGCAUUGCCUCGUUAUCGCCAUUCCUUGAUGACUUCGGAAUUAUUAGAGUCGGUGGACGAUUAAAAAAUACGAUGCUUAGCUUUUCAUCGCGCCAUCCAUGCAUUCUACCGAAGGAUCAUCCACUGACGUACGCAAUAAUCACGUAUUUUCAUCGUAAGCAUCACCAUGCAGGUCCUCAAGCUUUACUCGCCUUUAUUCGUAUGCAGUUUUGGCCAAUAGGUGGCGUUCUACAAAAAUGCAUUAUCUGCCUCAAAUCAAGACCGAGACUCGUCGAGCACAUAAUGGCUAAUCUGCCCAAGGAACGCAUUCAGGCUUCGCGGCCCUUCAUAGUCACCGGUGUGGAUUACUGCGGCCCGUUUUAUUACAAGCCUGAAGUGCGCAACAAAUCGCCACAAAAAUGUUAUGUUAGCGUGUUCAUAUGCUUCGCUACAAAAGCUGUUUGGAUGGAGUUGGUAAGAGACCUUUCAACGGGUGCAUUUAUUGACGCAUUAAAAAGAUUCAUAGCCACGCGGGGAAUACCAAGAUGUAUCUGGUCUGACAAUGCAACGAAUUUUGUAGGCGCUAAGAACGAGCUUAAGGAACUACGAGACUUAGUUCUCAGUGAAAAACACCGCAGCAAACUUCACAACUUUUGCCUCAGUAAUGGUUUCGAUUGGCGCUUCAUUCCCCCUCGCUCCCCGCACUUUGGAGGCGGUGGACUCAAGAGUAUCUCACUCUUCUCCAGCAACGCGCAAAAUGGCUUACGCCUCAAGCCAAUAUUCAAGUCAAUGAUGUCGUGUGCAUAA